UUAUAGCAUCAAGCCAAAUCAUUUCAAACUUAGAUCCCAAUCCCAAGGGAUGAUUAGUAGUAAGAAUAGGUCGAUUGGGAGAAACCAGGAUAGUAGAAGGAUGCACGGAGAAAUGGUUAAUAGACUUUGUGAAACAAAACAGGCAUCUAGACAGUUGUUCCAAGAUAUCAUGAAAGAUUAUAAUAAAACUAAGGGGUCCAAACUUGGCCAGUUUCUCCAUCCCAAUUGGACUCACAGAGACACUACUUCACAUAAAGAUCACAUUCCUAGUAUUCUUAACAUGCCGAGUCUGAAAGCAAUGAGCUCUGAUUCAAACAUUUCUACCAAAAAUGGCCUCGUAAAACUCGAAAUGAGAGCCUAUUCAGACAGAGUCUCAGAUCAACUUUGCUUGCUAAACUCAAAGCCUAAAAUCCCUCAUAAUGAAAAUGCAGAUAUUGACAGAGAGUUUAGAAAGAUGAAGCAAAGAAAACUGGACUAUCACAUAAACCUAAUUAAUCUUGCUAGUAAAAUUAAACAAGAUGGCUUUGAUUCUGAGAACAAUUAUGACUCCCCUAAUCCAGAAUAACAUUUACAAUUCUCUUGAAGUGCUCCAGUACAUCAUCGAUAAUGACGAUGACAUUAAUAUCAACUUUGCUAAUACCACAGGGAGUAAAAACACAGAUAAAGGCUCAUUGAGAGACAUAAUGAUGAGAGUCAAGAGAACUCUUGAGGUUGGCAUUUUUGGAUUCAAGCAUAACCUCCCAAAGAAUAUACAGGAAAAGACUUUUGAAAGCAAACCAGCAAAGCUAGAGAACUAUCUUGGAAAGAAUACUUCUCUUGCUACUCAUCCAGAUGUAGUUCCUUAUUAUGAGGUUGUGGAUAAGCUUUUGGCGAGUAUUGCUCAGCUACAAGCGAAUAUAAAGAAAAGAGAUGAGCAAGGAAAAUUAGACACUAAGAAUUUAAAGAGACAGAUAAAAUACAGAGACAAGAAUAUCGAAACUUUGGAAAAUCAGCUUGUGCAAUUACAAGAAAAAAGCACUCAUCCGAUCCAGGAAGAGUACAAUAGGAUCGUAAAUGAAAAUGAGAAGCUCCUUAAAGAGAAUACACAAAGCAAGUACGAAAUUGAUCAAUUCAAGGAAGAUUUCAAAGAACUCAAUGAUGAAUACCAUAAGGUCCUUCUCAAGCUCAACAACAUGCAAGAAGACUUACAAAAGAAGGAAGAUGAAGCUCAGAUUCUCUCUAAUCAGAAGGAAGAUUUAGAAAAGAAAAUUCAUAAGCAGAACGAUAUUUUCACAGAUAGUUUAAAAGACUAUAAUGACACUCUAAUUCUACUUAAGAGAUCACAAGAAAGUUAUAAAAAUCUUCUCAAACAGUAUGAAUCAAUACAAGAAGAAAAUAGAAAACUAGAAGUCCGAGCUGCCGCUGGUUUUGAGAGCCUUACUCCUCGAUACAAGGACUUUAAGGGUGCAUUUAAAAAGCUCCGGAUUAAGAAGCCUGAGCUUAAGAAAGGCUAUACCACAAGAACCAGCAUCCAGUACAUCGAAAGACUAAUCUCUGCUUAUUCUGAGCUGCAGGAGAAUGCUUAAUCACUC